CCGAGCACUGCCCCGUGUGAACUCAUGGAACCAGUACUCGGCCUAGUAAUCUGACGAGUAAAAUAAGCGGGCGAGUGAAUAGAAACAGUUUCUAUUCAUUGGGCCGAGUGACUACCCCCACUACCAAGAUGUAUGGUACUCGGCGUGUCUAAACCGCUAGCCGAGUGUCGUGUAACGAGUAGUUCAGUACUCAGCAUAGUUGUGAAUAUAAUAUGUUUGUGGCGUCUUAACCUGUAGUUGUAUUUUUUUCAUCAAAAAUAUUUAUUUAGUAUGAAUCGUCAUCGUAAAAUAAAACGAUUUUUCAAAGAUUACGUAAAUCAAAUCUAUCCGAUGAUGAUAGAAUUAUUGGAAGAUGAGUUACAGAAAAGUACAGAAAAGAGGAAGCGGAUUUGGACCAGAAAAUGGAUCUUACGUCGAGGCACACACGGUGCUUCUGUUGGACUUCUUAGAGAGCUAGCGAGUGAAGAUGUUAACGAAUAUAGAUCAUUUAUGAGGAUGAAUGUUGAACAAUUUCAACUGAUUUUACAAAAUAUCUCGGAUAAAAUUCAACGAUCAGACACAGCAAUGAGGGAAGCCAUAUCAGCAAAAGAUAAGUUACAAGUAACUUUGUCUUUUUUGGCAACAGGAAAUAGUUUCAGAACUCUCACACAUAUUUUUCGAGUGCCUAAGCCAUCGAUAUCCACAUUUCUUCCUGAAGUUUUAGAUGCUAUUUACGACUUCUUAAAGGAUUAUAUUAAGGUAAGGAAAUAA